CGAAAGGUCUCGACGAAGCCGGAAAGGGGGAUUCGGACGAUGGCAGUAGUACCACAGACAGUGAUGCAGAUGAUGGCGGGUUCGAGGACGAUGUCGCGAUGCUAAGGGACUACUGUCUCAUUGUUGUAGAUGAGCAGGUGACGACUUUGAGAUGCAUGGGCUCGUGCAGCUGUCGGCGAGGAGAUGGCUGAGAGCGUCAGGGCAGCUGGAGACGUUCAAGCAGCAGUGCAUCAAGCGACUGGCGGCGGCAUUCCCAACAGGGGAGUACGAUAACUGGGCGACGUGCCGAAGUCUCUUCGCACACGUUCAAGUGGUCUCUGGAUACCAACCCAGUAAGGAUAUGAUCGAAACAUGGGCCACGCUUUUGCACAACGGGGGAUGGUAUGCAUGCUCCCAAGGGUUAUACGAGGUUGCGCAGCAGAUGUUAGGCGAGGCAAGGAUAGCCCGAAAAAAGAAGCUAGGAACGGAGGAUGUGGCGACUCUACAUAGCACGACAAUGUUUGCUGCGGUCCUUUUGGAUCGAGGACGGUGGGAGGAGGCCGAGGAGAUGUUUAUGCAUGUAAUAGGGACUUUAAAGACUAAGCUCGGGGUCGACCACCCAUAUAUGCUGAGCAGCAUGGGCAACCUAGCAUCAACGUACCAGAAGCAGGGCCGGUGGGAGGAGGCCGAGAAGCUGGAGGUGCAGGUGAUGGAGACUCGCAAGACCAAGCUCGGGGCCGACCACCUAGACACACUAACGGGUAUGGACAACCUGGCGUCGAUAUAUAUAGACCAGGGCUGGUGGGAGAAGGCCGAGAAGCUGCAGGUGCAGGUGAUGGAGACUCGCAAGACGAAGCUCGGGGCCGAUCAUCCCUCGACGCUGACUAGCAUGGGCAACCUAGCGUCGACGUACUCGAACCAGGGCCGGUGGGAGGAGGCCGAGAAGCUGGAGGUGCAGGUGAUGGAGACUCGCAAGACCAAGCUCGGGGCCGACCACCUGGACACACUAACGGGUAUGGACAACCUGGCAUCGAUAUAUAGGGACCAGGGCCGGGGGAAGCAGGCCGAGAAGCUAUCUGUACAGGUAAUGGAGACUUUAAAGACCAAGCUCGGGGCCGACCACUCUCACACGCUGACGAGCAUGAAUAACCUGGCGUCGACAUACCAAGAGCAGGGUCGGUGGGAGGAGGCCGAGAAGCUGUCUCUGCAGGAGAUGGAGACUCUCAAGACUAAGCUCGGACGUUGACCACCCACGCACGCUGACGAACAUGAACAAUCUGGCGUCGACAUAUCAGAAGCAGGGCCGGUGGGAGGAGGCCGAGAAGCUC